GAGAGCUCUACCUUUAUUAGAAAAUCGAGAUCCUUGCCGCUUGUGAGAGAGAGAGAGAACUGUGACGUGGUACAGUUACUAGCUAGUUAGCAAGACAGUGCUACAGUUUACCUGGUUAUCUGGCGAGAGAGAGAGGUAACGUUGCACUUUCUCGACUUGGUAAAUUAGCCAAAAUAGAUGGACUUUAGCUCUUAAUCUGCAGUUGGUGACGGGAAGAACCAAUUUUGUGUAGUUGGAUACACUUUGCUUGAGACAGAGAGAGAGAGAGAGAGACCCACAUGUUUUUGUUUUUAACUCAAUUAAGUUGUCAUUCGCUUUUUUGCUUUAUCUUUCUCGGCCCAUAUAAAUUGCAACGCUUGCCAUUCUCUGAUACCGUGGAAGCAAGAGGAGAGAGAGGGAGAGAGAGAGAGAGAGAGGGAGAUGGAUGGAGCUUAUUUUGUUGGUAGAAAUGAGAUUCUUGCUUGGAUUAAUGCUACUCUUCAGCUCAAUCUCACCAGAGUAGAGGAGGCUGCCUCUGGUGCUAUUCAGUGCCAGAUGAUGGAUAUGAUACAUCGAGGCGUUGUACCGAUGCACAAGGUCAAUUUUGAUGCGAAAACAGAAUAUGACAUGAUCCAGAAUUACAAAGUUCUGCAAGAGGUGUUCACCAAGUUGAAUAUAAACAAGCAUAUUGAAGUGAACAAGCUUGUCAAAGGGCGGCCUCUGGAUAAUUUGGAGUUCCUGCAAUGGCUGAAGCGCUACUGUGAAUCUGUUAAUGGAGGCAUUAUGAAUGAGAACUAUAAUCCAGUGGAAAGAAGAUGCAAGGGAAUGAAAGAUCGGAAGGGAAUAUCUUCAGUGCAAUCUUUGAAUCCUGCAAGAGUUCACCGCAGCUCAAAGUCCAUGGAAGCAAGCCACUUUACUACCCUUGGUCUUCUGAAUGGAUCAGGAACCAAGCUAGGGAAAACUUCUACUGGGUCAGAUGGAGCAAGUGCUGCCAGACAAAUACAUGCACUAUCCGAGCAGAUUGCAGAGCUCAAGGUUUCCAUGGACCAGUUGGAGAAGGAGAGGGACUUUUACUUUGCAAAACUUCGUGACAUCGAAGUUCUGUGUCAAACUCCUGAGUUGGAGAAUCUUAUGGUAGUGGCUGCAAUUAGGAGAAUAUUGUACGCUGCAGAUGAUCGGGAUUCUGCAAUUGUUGAAGCUCAAGAACUCGUAAGCAAGUCCAUAACAUUGGCCGAGAACAACACAGUAUGCAGUGCCGACAAUGAGGACGGACCUGAGUGAGGCCUAUCUCUCUCACUCCAUGAGGCCGCAAAAAGGGUGACCUUAUUCCUGCAAGUUCCGCACUGCACCAGGGUGAAUCUUUGUUCUAUAACGCAGACAUAACUCACCCACGAGGGUAUAUACAGAGAACCAACAAAAGUUUGCAGAAAGCUUAUGGGAAAAAGUCUUCCUCGCAAACAAAUGUCUUUCGGGAUCAAAACCUUGUUAUAUUUAACAAGAAUAUAAACCUUCCUAACAGGGAACAAUUGUCUACA